CCCCCCACCAACCGUGGUCUGGGCGAGGGGCGUCCUGGCCGAGAGCAGCGGGCAGAGCCUCCUGGAGACCCCCCACCGUGAUGCCAAAGGGCUGCCCAUCUUCUGGAUGAAGAAGGACAUCUGAGGGGUGAACCGGUGAUUAAAAGCGAGUGUGGGCAGGGGCUGCCUGCCCUGGCGCUGCCUGACUGCCUGCUAUUCCUCAGGCUGGCACCAGCUCCACCAGUCUCCCCGGUUUGUCCUGGCCCUGCUGCCGGGGUGGGGGCCGGACAAGGCAGGGUGUGGGGACCACCCCCCCACUGGCCCCCAUCUCACCUGACAGGGGGCCCUGGGACACCAGCGUGGCUGGGAGCCAGGCCCACCCCAGCCUGGGGUUGGGACUGGUCCCGGGAGCACUGCCCAGUCCCACCAGUGUCUCCACCACCCAGGGGACUGGCUGUGGGGCAGCUGGGGCUGACGGCACACUGUGUCCACCACCGUGGCUGCUUCUCCCCCUGCAGAACAGCUUGGGGAAACUGAGGCGCACAGUGGCUGGAGGGCCUCCAGGGGAGUAGGGCAGGGUGGGGCAGGCUGUGGGGUCCCCUGCCCUGUACUGUGAGGGGGACCGUGCCAGGUCUCACCCCCUGAGGCAGCCAGGGAGGGCCGGAGGUGGGAGCGGGAAGGUCAGGGAGAGCGGCUGGGCCCUGUGCCGGGGGAUUAGCGCUGAUCCUGCUGUGUCACGCGGCCCUGGGCCCAUCCUCUGCCUAAUCCCCUCGCCCUGGGCAGCUGCCCAGCAGCAGGCAGGGGCACCCAGUCCUGCCCAGGACCGUGCUCCCCCUUUGGCUCCACUGUGCCUCCUGGGGGGCUCAGUCCUUCAGAGGGCACCCAGCCUGGCUGGACCUGCUACAAAAUGGGGAAGGGGGCUCGUGGUGCCCCCACUACUGGCAGGACUAGGAGCCAGCAGGGAAACUGAGGCACCAGGCUCGGUGGCUUGCAAUGGCACACCAGAGCUGUGCUGUGGCUGUGGGGGGGCUCUGGGCACCAGGGCGCAGCAGGCAGAGGUGCCCGCUGAGGCAGGAGGUGUCUGAAACCCCCGAGUUUGCUGAGUCCUGUAGGAUUUUGGUGUGGGCAGCAGGUGCCAGUGGGGCAGCACAGGCCCUGCGGCCGAUCCUAGCCCACCAGGUGCCAGGGCAGCAGUGCCAGCAUGACUGGGGUACCCGCUGCACCUCACCACCUCAGCCCUGCCGCUCUUCUUUCCCCGCAGGGUGCCGGCCCCAUGGGCAGCCGGCGGUGCAGGAUGGUGCUGGUGCUGGUGCUUUGGGCCUGCCUGGCACUGGGCAUGGCUGGUGGGGAGAGGCCGGCACCGGAGCCGCUGGCAGGCGGCCAGCCUUUUGCUGUGGUGUGGAACGUCCCUGCCGGCCGCUGCCAGCACCGCUUCGGUGUGGGGCUGCCCCUUGGCGACUACGGCAUCGUGGAGAACAGGGAUGGCCGCUUCACCGGCCAGAACAUCACCAUCUUCUACAAGAACAGGUUUGGGCUGUACCCCUACCUGUCACAACAGGGUGUCGCCCACAAUGGUGGCAUUCCCCAGCGGGUCCCCCUUGGCACCCACCUCUCCAGGGCAGCCAGGGACAUCCGCCUCCUCCUGCACCCCACUUUCCAUGGCCUGGCUGUGGUAGACUGGGAGGAGUGGAGGCCCCUCUGGGCCCAAAACUGGGGCGCCAAGCAUAUCUACCGGGCAGCCUCGGAGCAGUGGGUGCGGGACCGGCACGGCCUCCUGCCGACGCAGCAGCAGCUCCGGCUGGCCCGGCGGGAGUUUGAGCAGGCGGCCCAAGCUCUGAUGGAGGAGACGCUUCUGCUGGGCCGGACCCUGCGCCCAGAGGGACUCUGGGGUUUCUACCGCUUCCCCGACUGCCUCAACGGCAACUGGGCCAAGAAGACCAACUACACCGGGCAGUGCCAGCCAGCGGAGGUGCAGCGCAACAACCGGCUGGGCUGGCUUUGGGCUGCCUCGGCCGCCCUCUACCCCAGCAUCUAUCUGCCGCCAGCGCUGCCACCCACCCUGCGCCGCCGCUACGUGCACUACCGGCUGCGUGAGGCCCUGCGUGUGGCUGCCUUUGGGGCCAACGGCCUCCUGCCUGUGGUCGCCUACUCCCGCCUCUCCUUCCGCCGCUCGCCCCGAUUCCUGGAGCUGGCUGACCUGGUGCACACCAUCGGGGAGAGCGCGGCGCUGGGUGCAGCCGGACUCGUUCUCUGGGGAGACAUGUCAUACUCCCGCUCGGCUGAGAGCUGUGCCAGCCUGCGCCACUACCUCGUGUCCACCCUGGGUCCCUACGUGGCCAAUGUGACCGCAGCAGCCCGGGAGUGCAGCUACGGGCACUGCCAUGGGCAUGGGCGCUGCGUGCGCCAGCAGCCCCACGACCUGGGCAGCCUCCUGCACCUUGGCCCUGGCACCGGCCCACCAGCCUCUUUCCGCUGCCACUGCUACCGUGGCUGGGCUGGUGAGGGCUGUGCCCAGCGGGUUCAGCCUGGCCCUGCCACCUCCUGCCUGGCGCCCACUCACACUCAUGGCCUCUACGGGCAUAAGGACCUCCCGCCCUCCGAUGUCUGCCAGCCACGGGGCACGUGGGUCUGGUGACCAGGGCUGGGGACCGCCACGGUCCCCUACCUCAGCACUACUGCUGCCCAGCGGUUCCUGUGGUCUCAUUAACUUAAAUAAACCCUCCUGGCACAGCUGA